GUUCAAUCUUUAGUUUGAACUGUAACAUGGCGAUAAGCGUCUCUUCUGUACCGGUGGAUUAUUAAAACACUUGAUCAGCACCAGGGUGGCGGAUUGGUCAUGGCUGAUGGAGAACUUUGUUUGAUUGAUAAAGGUAUUUCAAGUUUAUUGGAGGUUCCAUUGACGUCCAGCAGCACAUCUGUGAACCUUCACUGUAAUCGGCUGACAAAGAUAGAAGGGUUGACAACAGCAUGGCACAUAAGACAUUUGGAUCUUUCAUCCAAUCACAUCGGACGUAUUGAGGGACUUGGUGCCCUUUCCUCACUGCGCACCUUAAACUUAUCUUGUAAUAACAUUACCAAGGUGGAAGGUCUUAAUGGACUGGUAAACCUUACAAGGCUUAACUUGGCUUACAAUCAGAUAAAUGACCUCACUGGUCUCCUAUAUCUGCAUGGGACUGAAUACAAACUAAAACACCUCCAGCUUCACAGCAACCAUGUGGACAACAUGAAUCAUCUCCUGCAAUGCAUGGUGGGACUGAGCAAUUUAAAAGAUGUCACUCUCAGUAUGAAUCGUGCUGAUAAUCCGGUCUGCCGUCUUCCAGGCUACAGGGACGUGGUGCUGCAGGCUUUGCAACAAGUCUCUAUUCUGGAUGGACAUGAUAGGCUGGGAAAACCUAAUCCAUCAGGAGACGAGAGCCCAAUGGACGUUCCGGGUUUGGAGGACUUUCUGGAGUUUCUGAUUUCAACAGACGCUAGUGUCAAUGCAGAGCAGGUCCCGGCAGAUGCACCUCUGUGUACUCCUCGGAUUGAUGAAGUUCUGACCCAGUUUCGUGAUCGGAGUAGAAUCAUGGACAUCCCUGCUGAAAGAGCAGUACAGAAAAGCUCACACAGAGGAGACACCGCUACAGGGAACCAGCUAAAUGAGCUUCGCAUUAAAAAGCUAGAGCAGCAGGUGUCUCAACUCUUCCAGACGGCUCCGGCAGGUGGCGUUACUAAGGUGGGCUCUGUGGUACGGAAAGCAAAAAGGGACAUCGAUCACACAUCAGAGAGUGAAUGUGACAGCGGGAAAGAGAACCAGAAGCAUUUAAAAGUCUGUCGGUCCAAAGUCGCUGUAGCUAAGAAACCGGUUAAAGUGAUCAGAGGCAAACAAUCUGACAGUGAUGCAGAACCACAAAAGCAGAGAAGCUUGAAGCUUCCUGCUGGCUCUGGUCAGAAAGCAGCUGUCCAGCCUGUAGGAGGGGCAGCUACAGUAAAGAAAGGCUUCAGAACAGGCAAAGCUACAGUGGACACAAAGUCCCAUCAAAGUGAACAGGACACUUACAGGGCAAUAGUGGAGGAGCGGGAUCAGGAGCGUGAACGGCGCUGGAAGGCUGAGCAAGCUGUGAAGAAGCUCACAGAGCAGGUAAAGGAUCUGCAGACACGUGCGACUGAGGAAAAAGAAGUCCAGAGCCUGGCACUACACACGACUGAUAGACUGAAGGAGCUGUUGCUGAAGGAGCGCUCAGAGCGGGGAGCGUUGCAGUCUAGGGUGGACGAGCUAGAGGAACGAUGCAGAAGUUCAGCAGAACAGCUAGAGCAGCUGCGCAGCCGGGAGAAACGUCACAAGAGUGCGCUGUGUGAUCUGCAGGAGACCGUCUCUCAGCAAGAAGCUCUCAGGGUCAAACAGCAGACAGAUGAGAUGAAGAGAAAGCAGGAACUGGAGAGUAGAUGUGCUGUCCUGAAGAGAGAAGUGGAAAUUCUCAGGGUGUCUGUAAGGCAGCAUAAAGAUAAACUACAGCAACUGCAGGAACUGCUGACCUCCAGAGAGGAGGCACACAGGAAGGAGCUGGCUUCACGACUCCUUCCUGGAAGCCAUGAGUUUCGUGAGGCUGUGACGAAGGAAGUGGAACUUGUGGAACAGAGACAUGCUCAGCGACUAGCAGAGAUGGAGCAGAAGCUGGCUGAUGCCAAGCACCAGUACGCUGCCCUGGAGGAUGAGUUCCGUAUGGCUCUUACCAUUGAAGCCAAGCGCUUUUCUGAGGUGAAGGAGGGCUUUGAGCACGUAUCUGCUAAGCUUAUGGAAGUAAAAAAUGCAUUUAGUGCAUCUCAGCUGAGAGAAAAGCAGUCUGGCUCUCUGGUGCAGGAACUUACAGCUUUGGUUAAGGAGCAGAAAACUCGCAUAGCUGAGCUUAUCAAAACCAAGCGUGACGCUGUGACAGAAUUAAAGGCACGAGUCAGGACUUUGGAGGCGGGAGUAGAGGACGACAGGCGUCUCACUGUGCAGCUGGAAUUUCUUAAGAAGGACAAGUCCAAACUGCUGUCUCAGCUCACUGCACAGGAGUCUGUGAUAGAAGGGCUCAGAGCUGAAAGGAGGCUUUGGGGUCAGGAGCUCGCCCAGCAAGGAUCAUCCCUUGCUCAGGACAGAGGUCGCUUGGAGGCUAAAAUUGAGGUCCUGACCGCUGAGCUGGAGACUCAGAAAAAGCAGAAUGAAAGAGACAAUGACGCACUGAAAAUAAAAACAAAAAUCAUGGAUGAUCAGACAGAAACAAUUCGCAAGCUGAAAGAGGCAGUGCAGGAACGAGAUGAGCAAAUCCGUACUCUGCGUGAAGACAACCUCCAGGCACAGAAAAAGCUACAACAGCAGAUGGAGGAGGAGGCCUCAUCAGUAACAGAGCUCCGAGAUGAAGUGGACAAACUUCGCAUUAGGAAAGAGGAGCUCAAGCAACAGCUUCUUGACAAGGAGGCUGAGAUGGAAGAGCUCAAAGAGGCUUACAGAGCCUCAAGUCGGAAAUGGCAGGAUAAAGCAGACCUGCUGACCAGACUGGAAGGUCAGGUCAAGCGAAUGAAGGAAGUAUUUGAUGCUAAAGAGAAAACCCUGCUGGAGGAACGAGAUAAAGCCUCCCAAGCACACAAGGCUGCACUGGAGAAGCUUCACUGUGUGGACGACGCUUUCCGCAGCCAGCUAGAGUCUUUGCAGGCUUCCCAUCAGGCUGAGCUGCUCCGACUGGCCACUUCCAAACAAAAGCAGAUAGAACAAGCCAGUCAGAGGGUGCUUCAGGUGGAGGAAGAGAUGAGGCAGCUGCUGGAGGAAACUGAGAGCAACAGAAUGGCAAUGGAAGAGAAAAUGAGGCGCCUUACCAAUGUGCUCAGAGACUUCUAAUCACACAAAAUGUACUACAUUCUCCUUCCAGAUUUUUUAAGUUUACAGUUUGUAGCACUAGUCUUCAGGAUGUUCUGAAAAGACUCACUUGUAAAAUCUGUAUAUUAGUAGUACUUUAUAUAUAUUUAUAUAAAUCUGCUCUGUGAGGUCAGGAUUAUAGGUAUAUUUUGUAUAGUUUGUAUGAAUGCAUAUGUGUUUAAAUAUUUUGGUUCUUAUUAAAUUAUUUUUAUGA